AUGUGGCGGCAUUGGGCGGCAUCCAUAUUUGCUGGUGGGGCCGUGUACCGUGGAUGUUUACGUUUUCUUCAUGACAUUCGAGGAGGAACUGUUGGUUCUCCGUCUUUGGUUUGUGCCAAAAUCACCAGGAAAGGUACCACCGCGGAUGUUCACUUCUUCGCACCCGCCUUGUCUGUGGCGCGGCGUGGCGUCAAGUUAUCUAACCCUAGCAGCAAACAAGGUAGUCAGCAUUACGGUGUUGAACCAAAACUGGAGGCAGGCAAAGACGUUCAAUUAAAACACACCGAAAUGUACGACGGGUAUACCGAUGACUUUGGCGUGUUUAAAGAAGGACCUCCUACCACGUUACGGCUGGAAUAUGUUCGUUCCCCGGAACAUGGAUACUCGCAGCAAUUACUUCAGAAAGAUAUCUGGUCUCCGUUUCAGGUCAAUGCUAACAUGAUGAUAUACACGCCCUUUUAUUAUGACUGGAAGGGGUUUGCGAGUCGUGAUUACUGGGGACAUCGCAGUGGAACAAAUCCUGGAAGUAAAGUCCUAUUGGGUCAUUAUCGACGGGCGGAGGAGAGAUCGUGGGGGUACCGUGUUAUGGUGAACCACAAACCACAAAAGCGUAUUCCUAAAUGGUUAGCAUGUAUCGUUCAUCUACCACGUAAAAAGACUUUUGUAGGAUUUUUCUUGUACGCUAAUGGGGCAUACGUGGCGGAGCUUCUCACAUACAAGCAGUUACCACGCAUAUGUUACAACAAACCUUUUCAAGGAUGCAUGCCAACCAUUGGGCAGACGGUAGCGUUAAGUGAGGUGACGUAUGGUAAGGAGUUGCACUCUGUGGAGAUGUAUCCUGGCCACGGCGGGGUUAUUUGUCGUGCAAGCGGCACCGCAGCAGUGGUGCUACGAGGUUCAGAACCAAAUCUUGUCCCUCUCUUGUUGCCCUCCAAAGAGGUGCGUCUCUUUGACAACCAAUGUCACGCGGUCUUUGGACGACGUGCGGGGGUGAUGUACCGUUACCAGCGCAACUUUGGGAAGCGCAAUGUAGAGGAAAACAUGCCACAUCGACCAAAGGUGCACUCGAAGACGAAGCGCGUCUCGAGUCAUCCUGCGGGUGGUGGCAAUGGAGGGUCGGCCAAUCUUCUUGUGCCGUUGGACUGGCGCAUUCAUCCACGGAACUGCGUUAAGACGAAGUACUGGCUUUCUGGCUACAUUCUCCGUGGACGGCAGUAUAACAAGAGUCAGACGGUUGCAGAUAUUAAGUCCAAAACAUAUAGCUGGGCAAAUCGUGAUCCCGUCUAUCGUUAA